CGUUAUUCAUAUGAGAUCCAUCCCGGUUAUUCCUUGUUGGGCUUACAAGAUGAUGAGUUUCUGAAUCCUACAUCUAAACAUCUUUCGUUUCUUGGUCUAUCUCUGUAUAUAAACUGUACUACUUCUCUCUCAUAUCCUUUACAUAAUGUCCCCCGAUCUGCAAGAUCCUGCCAAUAGGAGAGCUUCAUGUGAUCAGUGCAGACAAAAGAAGCUCAAAUGUGACGGGAGCUAUCCAUCUUGCGGACGAUGCUCUACUCUUGGAGAGCUGUGCAAGUUCUCGGCUCGUAUGCCUAUGGGAAGGCCGAAGAAGAGGAAGAUAGCCUCCGAGAAUGAAGCUCAAGAGAGUAGUGCGAGCAGAACUUCGCCGUCUACUUUGGCGAUGAGUAUUGGGAGUGAUACUGGAAGUGAUAUGGGACGAAGAGGGAGCUUUGAUCCGUGCCAACAUAUGUCUGAAGAUGUUCCGUUGGAUCUGUUACCUCUUGGCAACGAGACAAAUGUUGACCCCAAGUUAUUGGCAUUUGAAUCUGAUCCAGGCCAACAGACUUGCGCCUGUCUCGCGAGCUUAUACUUAUCACUAGAAGAAGUACGAAAAGCAGAUGAUUUACCCUUUACAGCACGAUUAUCGGUUCUGCGGCAUUUGACCACCACGGCAGCAGGGAUCAUACAAUGUCAAGUUUGCCCAACAAAGUUUCUAUGGGCAAUGCAGAAUGCUCAACUACUCAACACGCUCAUUAUAUCCUUGGCGGAAGGAUAUAAGAAGAUCGUGAAGUCAGUCGAGGACGAAACGAAACGAGCUCAGGAUGCGGGAGAAUCGAAAGAAUUAUGCAUAAGUGAAGGUCAAAAGCUAGAGGGGCCUUCGCAAAACGACGGGUUAGGAUUCUCCCUGACCCUGACCCCGCAAGAUUGGAAAAGUAUCGCGAACAAGGCUGUCAAAUCUGAGCUUUUUGGUACGCCAAAUUCGAGCUCCAUAUCCUUUGUGGCGAUGUUGCAGUUGAUGGAGGAUAGACAGAAUCUGUGGCAUUCAGGAACGAGUCAUGUACCGCCGGGUAUAGGGCAUCGUUUGGCGCACCAGAUGCAUGAUAAGGAUCCACAUUGUGUGUCGGUUGUUAAGCAUACGAGGGAUAUGAUAAGUCAUUUGUUGGCGGAUGUUUGAGUGGUUGGUUUGAUACCCAAGAUCAGGAGCGAUUCGCCUUAACACCUUUCGAUCCACUUUGAAUAAUACUAUCCCAAGGUUCAGCGAGAUAGAUUGAGUAUGUUUAGGUAACAAAGGAGGUUCAGUAAGAUAUAAGUUGUAUGAUAUACCAAAACAUACUCUGAAUUGACCAAGUGAGGGUGACAUAUCUAUACUGAGCUUGAACUAUCUACAAGGGAAACUCGAUGAUUGAGAACAAUACACCACUUCCAGCAAAAAUUGACUUUUCCAAGUUUUCCUGCUCCAACAUGAUGAAGCUAUUCAUAUCAAGCGACUCGUUUCUCUUAUCACUCCUGCUUUUCCGGAUCCUCAACAUGCUUCUGGCUGAUAACAUGACCGUUGUACUGGGCUCCAUAGCGGACAUCACCUGGGUCAGCAGAAGGGUAGGGCGCGGUUAGAGGAUUCAGGAACACAUGGCCAUUCAGAUCGGAUACAGUAGCACCAUCGAUAUCCCCUUCAAACUCGUACUUUCCACCGUUGUACUGGUUUCCAGCUCCGAACUUGCGAGGUCCCUCGUGGAACUUUGGGGUUGUGUCCUUGCGUACUGGCCUGUUCUUUUCGAUUUCCUUUGAUAGCUUGCCAUCGCCCUGGAACAAAUCUCCGUUGAACUGAUCAUGACCUGGACCCGCAACUGCGUUGAUGUAGUAUGUUCCCAUGCUGUAUCUAUGGGAAUGGUCGCUCGGCUGUUCGGGCUGGGAGGCAGACUGAUGGUCAGGGAAACCGGUCGAAGCGUUGGGAUAGGAAUAGGAACGCUGGUCUGAAAAUGGGUUCGUAGCCAUGUUGGGCGGCAAGAAAGAUUGUACGUAGCGGCCGUAGUGAUGUAGAGACUGGAGAUCAGGGGGGAUACGUGGGACACUUGGCGAAUGUGUAGUUUCUGUACUUUCGGGCGAAACAAGAGGGCCCGAAAUAGUUUCAGAAGAGGAUAUGGAG